CCUGUAGUCGUUGUUGAUGCUCAGCACAAGCUGCAGGGCUACUGGUCCCCCAGCGAAUUCAUAGAGAAGCACGGCGCCCAGAAAGUAACAUUGACGGACUGCGAGGCGCCAUCGCCAAGCCCCCGAGAAGUCUCGUCAACUGUUUCAGAUUUCUUCCAGUCGUUGGUUGAGGGGCGUAAAGGGGGGAACGUGUGGAAGCUCAAGGACUGGCCACCUUCGGCCAAAUUCAGCGCAGAGUUCCCGAUGCUGGACGAAGCGCUAAGAGCAGGGCUGCCAUUCAACGAUUUUUGUGCUAUCCACGGCGUCUUCAAUCUAGCAUCGCAUUACCCGCUUAAUGGCAAUGCUCCUGAUCUAGGCCCAAAGAUGUUUGUGGCCCAUGCGUCAGCCGCCAAUGGCUCAACCCGCCUCCAUCUCGAUCUUGCCGACGCAGUGAAUCUUAUGACGUGGGCAGCCAUGGAUGCUGAUGGCGCAGAAGGUGGUGCUGUAUGGCAUAUUUGGCACGCAAGCCAUCUACCGCAGCUGCGGCAGUUCUUGCUGUCAGAUCAGGUGAUAAAGCAUGAUCCUACCCUCGGGGACCCGGUUCAUUCUGCUCAGCAUUAUCUUGAUGCAAGUGCCAUUGAGAGGUUUAGGGCCCGAUAUGGUCUGCUCCCAUAUACCAUUUUCCAGAGGCGCGGAGAAGCCGUUUUCAUCCCCGCAGGCAGCGCACACCAGGUUUCCAAUCGCACUGACGCAAUGAAGGUUGCAAACGACUUCAUCUCAAUUGGUAAUCUCUGCAAGACAAGGAAUCUUGUCAAAGAAUUCCGCGACUAUCGGCUAGCUGCAUCGGGCACAGACGUGCUGCAGCUGAACACCACUAUCUUCUAUGCGUGG